AGUGCGACCAAAUCCACCAGCAAACCGUUUGUCACAUGACUAGCAUGCAGCGCUGCCUGCCUGUGUGUCUGUGUAGCUUUUAUUUCCGCGUUCACCGAGGGAGCGCUGGGCUGAAUGAGUUUUUACGGCCGCUGUGUGUCUACCUUUCACGCCGCGAAACUGCGUCGCCGUGUUGGGAUCUGUCGGGCGGGGGGAAACUCACGCAAUCGCAUCGCCUGGACCCACGCUGCAGCAGGACCAUGCUCACGCGGGUGAAAUCGGCGGUGGCCAAUUUUAUGGGAGGUAUGAUGGCUGGUGGCUCCAACGGUGACCAUCCCGGCGGUGGCUCGGAUAUGCCGCUGAAAUUUCCGUACAGCAGACCGGAGUUCUUGGGACUGUCGCCGGACGAGAUAGAGUGCUCGGCGGACCACAUCGCGAGACCGAUCCUCAUACUGAAGGAGACCAAACGGCUGCCGUGGGCCACCGGCUACGCAGAGGUAAUCAAUGCAGGAAAGAGCACAUUAAAUGAGGACCAGGCCUGCUGUGAGGUGCUGGUGGUCAAAAGGAGACCUGCAGGAAGCUCCACGCCCAACCGGACCCCGAUGGUCCGCAGGAGAUCUUCCCUGCCCAGUGGAGAGAGUUUGGGCCUCCGGGAGUGCUCACACACCAGCACUUUACUCAGGCCCACCCAGAGCCUACAGGAAACUCGUUAUCUUGAGAUUGGUGGGUCAUUCCAGGACAGCUCUGAAGACCUAACCUUCCACUACUGGGCGUUGUUUGAUGGCCAUGCUGGCUCUGGGGUGGCUGUAAUGGCUUCCCGCCUUCUACAUCACCACAUCGCUAUGCACCUUCAGGAGGUGAUGGAGAUUGUCUGCACUCCAAACCUGCUGGCCCCCACAUGCCUCGGAGAGGAGCCUAUCAAUCACCACCUCACCUCGACAUCCCAACGCGCCCUCACCAGGGCCGCCUCGCUCCGCGGCGCUGCAGGGGCUCCGGGCUCACCCAGCACCCCACCUACACGCUUCUUCACUGAGAAGAAAGUCUCACAAGAGAGCCUGGUGGUCGGAGCCAUUGAGAAUGCUUUCAAAGACAUGGAUGUGCAGAUAGAGAAGGAGAAGGCAGUCUACAACAUCUCAGGUGGCUGCACUGCUCUGGUGGUUGUCUAUUUGCUUGGGAAGCUCUACGUUGGGAACGCUGGGGACAGCAGGGCUAUCAUUAUCCGGGCAGGGGAAGUCGUCCCCAUGUCAGCAGAGUUCACACCAGAGUCAGAGAGACAGCGACUGCAGUUCUUGGCCUACAUGCAGCCCCACUUAUUAGGAAACGAGUUUACACAUCUGGAAUUCCCGAGGAGAGUCCAGAGAAAGGAAGUGGGGAAGAGGAUGCUGUACCGUGACUUCACCAUGUCGGGAUGGGCGUAUAAAACCAUUGAGGACGAUGACCUAAAGUUUCCCCUGAUCUAUGGCGAAGGGAAGAAGGCUCGUGUGUUGGCGACCAUCGGGGUCACCAGAGGUCUCGGGGAUCACAAUCUCAAAGUGCACGACUCUAACAUCUACAUUAAGCCCUUCCUGUCCUGCUGCCCAGAGGUCAAGGUUUACCCUUUGGCACAGUGCGAGCAUGGAGCUGAUGACGUUCUGGUGCUGGGAACCGACGGUCUGUGGGACGUCCUCUCUAACCAGGAAGUAGCUGAAGCAGUUACCUGUUUCCUGGCAAACUGUGACCCCGACGACCAGCACAGGUACACAAUGGCAGCUCAAGACCUCGUAAUGAGAGCACGAGGGGUGCUGAAGGAUCGAGGCUGGAGGAUAUCCAACGACAGAUUAGGCUCUGGAGAUGACAUCUCUGUCUACAUCAUUCCCCUCAUGUACGGCAACAAGCAAAACUAGCCAAGCUACGAAACAACAACCACUACCGAAACGUAAUCCUGCUUUCUGCAAUUCCCCUCAUCCCUUGUACUCUUUUUAAAAGUGCUUUAGUGUGGAUGUCCUCCUCUGCUGAGGGAUCCAAGAUGUCUCUGGUCAGAAAUGGGAUUUUUGUCCAGGCUGUUUCCCCCUUGGUCAUCCUCAAACAGGAUGAUAUCUUUUUGUCUGGUCCUUUUUUUAUAGAAAAGAAAUGUGAAAAGAGCUGUUGAAGAGAACUACUGAUUUUUUUAUUUGAUUUUUUUUUUUAUUUAUUUUUUUUAUCACAAGGAAGCCAUCAUGAACCUUGUUGUGGGGCAGUUCCUAAGGUUGAGAGCAUAGCCUCUCAUGAAUGAGAUGGUAAUGUGCAUCUCAGGAUUGCAGUUACUAACUUAAUGCACAAUAUUUAUAAAUGUGAAAAUGUAAAUACUCCCAAGGCGUAAAACAUUUGAUAAGUGUGUUUGGUUGAACACCUGUACAGUGUAUAAAAAAAUAAAUAAAAAAAACUAACCUGAAGACUGAUGUCCUGCAUAUAGUAUGAAUCAUGCCUCCUCUGUUCCAUGUAGAGCUUUUAAAUUAGCCACGUUCAGUCGUCUGCAAUUGGUAGUCUGCUGUCCAAAGAAACAUUUGCAAGCCUUCUCUAGACAGUAUUUCAGCUUGUUCUCCUGAUGCUGAAGUUGCUAUUUUUUAUAUUUGCACACCUUGCAUUGCAAAACUGUACUCACUAUUAAAGAAAACGAUUUUCUUUGGAAAUGAAGAAACACAUCAAUGUAGAAUAGACUAACAGGAGAAGUUCCCUUCAAGAUUUUGGUGUCAGCUACUCAUGACCCUGCUCCCAUCAUAGUAUUAAAUAGCCCAGAUUUAAGAAGAAAAAAACAAAGAUGUCUUUCUGUUGUACUCUUUUGCCAUCAGCCAUCUACCUCAUAAUUUCUUUCUCCUUUUUAUUGUAUUACGCAUAACACAAGUUGUCAUUGUCCUUAUUGAGUGGCAGUUUGCAUGCUACAAUAGGUGCAUCAUCGGUUACAUUGUUCGUGAUUUGCUCCUGUACCUGGAAGAUUUAGAAAAAAUGUUUUCAGAAAAGCACUGAUGGAAAAAAAAAAAAAAAAAGCCUCACAGGAAACCGUGAUCGCUAUAGGGUUGUACCAAAUAUAUAUUUUUUAUACAUAUGCUCAAAAAACCCUUUGUCAUGAACUCAUGUUUACCUUUCCUCAGUAUUGUCCCCAUUAAGAUAAACCCGUCCUUAUGAAUAGCAGCUGCCACUGAAAAAGAAUUGCUCUGAUUUUUAAUGUCUCAGAAAACGGAGUAAAAUCACUGCAGACAAUUAAAUAGACAACACUUACCUUAUGUGUCUACAAUCAAUAUUGUUACCUAAUCAGUGGGUUUCCACAUUUUAGUUUGUUUAGUUUUCAGUUUCUACUAAUUGUGUGCAAAUAUUGUAUCAUAACUGCUGUACUAGUGGCUGAAGCUGGUAAAACAUGGAACAGAGUAACUUAAUUUAAAUGUAAAAAUGUAAAUAAUGUUUUCAGUGGAUACUUCUCUCCUUUCUUUUACUGUAAGUGAUGUACGUCUUACUGUAAAAAGACGUACUUUCUACUGUUUUGGAAACAAUGGAACAGUGUAAAAAUGGUUUAAAUGCUCACUUUUCUGCUCUAUUAAAAAAAUAACACACAA